AUGCUGCCCAAGGUUGCAAACCAUCUCCUGCACCACACCGCGCGUGCCAUCUCGGUUGCGCAGAACCAGACCGGCCACACCAUCCGCAAUGUCCUCCAGCUCCAGUCGUCCUCCACUCCGUCCACCGCAUCCGGCAACUUUGGUGGCUGGAACGGGACCUCUUCCUCUCACUCCAACUGGAACGGUCGCGGCGCUGGCUCUGGCGGCGCCAAGUCUCACCCCGGCGGUCGCUCAUAUGCUGGGUACACGGGUGCUGGCAGGGCCGUGACCCAGGCCGAGUCCAUGUCCGUUAAUGACCUCGAUCAGACCCUUGGCGACGACUCGGACGAUGUCCCUCCCGCUCUUCGUCGCGGCGCCCUCGCCCUCAAGAGCCACGGCGCUGCCCUGCCGUCUCGCGCAAGGUCACGCACUGGCCUUGCCGUCAUCCGUACAGCGCAGUCUCAGGCAAAGUCAGCCAGACCCUUUGGCGGACAGACGGUCGUCGACCCUUGCUCUGGCAGCGGUGCUUUGUCAACUCAAGCCACCGCACUUCUCCUCCACAGGCUAUCCGCGCGUGAUGUGCCCGCCCGCUCUCAGUCGACCGUCUCCACUCUCCAGACGGUCAGCGACUAUCUCGACGUCGAAUCCCCUCCGGCUUCCUCGCCCACCAGACAACCCUUGGACGCAUUGUACUCUCGGCCUCACUCCCCGGACACGUCUCUGCCCACCCCACCUACGGAAGCCGCGGAGGAAUCGCUUGAUAACGAAGUGGCUGACCACAAUGACUUCAGCUUUGCUGCUGGCCGUAAAGACAGAGGCACGGUGGAGGAGCUCGUUGCAAAAUUGCGUUCUCGUUCGGCUCCCCCUUCCGUUCGUUUAUACAAUUCAGCUCUGUUGGCAUUGCAUACAGUUCGCGUGCCCAACGGGUCUCUAGGGCCCCUCCUCGAGCUCUACAACGACAUGCUCGCCCGCUCUGUUGCCCCGAACUUCAGGACAUACGUCAUCCUCAUACAAGCUUUCACGGACCGUGAUCGUGAUGUUCACGAGAUGCUGCGUCGUCUCGAGAGGCCUAUUCGAUGGCAGACGACGCUUGGAGUUACGCCGGACGUUGGAGAACACACCCACACCUCGGGCUUGCGUGCUGAAAAUAACUUUCGAUCCGCUAUGAUGCUGUUUCAGACGGUUUGCGCCGAUCAUCGCACGAAGUUACCUCUUCGCGUCUACCACAAUCUCCUCCAAUCUUGCGCCAACCACGCCAACACGGAAGCUGCUGUUCACGUCUUUGCUCAUUUCGAACGUCGCAAGGAUGUCUUACCCAGCCCCCGUACCUUUGAGCUGCUCAUGUCCGUCUAUAACGCCGCCGGCGACUGGGAAGGCGUGAAGGAUGUCUUCGAGGAAUUUAGGAAGGCUUGCAAAUCUGGGAUGAUUUUUGCCUUUGUGGAAGGCGAAGCCGACGCUUCCGCUAACCGUGUCAUGCGCUCCUAUCAUAUCGACGUCUGGAACAGCAUGAUCGAGGCGUACGUGCGGAGUGGACAACAUACGGCUGCCCUCGGCCUGCUGGAGCAGAUGCUUGACACGAAGGCUGGCGACGCAUUCAACGUUUCGGACGUUCCUCCUCCAUCCAUCGACACUUUCAGCCGCCUGAUUACAUCGUUCUGCCAAUCGGGCGAGGUCAGCACGGCGCUGGCGUGGUUCAAUAGGCUCUUGCUGCAAGUGGUUGGACCCCGUAAGCCUCUGGACGCGUCAACAAGCCCGGGUAGGCCAGACAACACCAUUUGGACGACUAUCAUCGAAGCUCUGUGUCUGAACGGCCGGGUCGACGAUCUCCUCACAGUCAUGACUUCCUUCGAGCGGCUGGCUGAUCAGGACGGCCUCUUGCUCCCGAACGAUGAGGCUCAGUUAGUGCUUCAGACGUUGUUCCGCCACCUUACGCUGCAUCCGGACCUCGAGGAAGCCAAGGUGGCCUCCAUUACGGAUACAGUCCUCGCCCUGGUUGCUCGAACUGGACCUCACCUCCUCUCUCAUCCUGUGUACGGCGAGGGACAUCGCGAGCUGGGCAUGGAACUCCCGCAUCUCCUGCUCUCGAAAGGGAAAGCAAAGGAAGCAUGCCGUCUUGUGCGCUACUAUGUCGUGCGUGAGACGAGAGUCAGAAAUGGCCUCUCCGCGCAAGAGCUUCCCGCGGGGUUCGUCUCGAAGGCGCGAGUUCUGCACGAAUUCUUGCAAGGGUUCGCUCAACGCUACAUCGAGGAGGCUGAUGGGAAGCUGUCCUUGCCGGAGACGCUUGACUUGGGUUGCCUGUUCUUGCGCUCGCAUGCGAACGUUCCGGUGGAUGUGCUUGCAUGCUGCCAGAUGCACUAUGCUGCUGUUCGGUCCAGUCCCUCCGGGCUGCCUACACUGUCCUCGCAGGAAUGGGCUGUCCUAGUCCUGAGCGCCUUCACAGUCGACGGUGUUGCAACAAUCGAAGACGUUCUUGCUGACAUGGCGCGAGCGGACGUGAAGCUCAGCAACCUCUCGAUGCAUCUUCGUGUCCAACUGUACAGUCGCCUGCGUGCCCAGCGAAAUUCAUCUUACGCCCUCGAGCUUAUGCGCCGAUACGAUCCCGCUUUCACGCCGACGUUGGAUCUACCUCCCCAGGACGAUGUCAACAAGCAAGACGGUGAUGUCGCGCUGCAAGGCCGAGAUGUUCCCUCCCAUAUCAUGGUGGAUCAAGCUCACAGCGCGUUUGUCUCAGAGUUCUGGCCCAUGUCUGCUGCGCGUAUACCUGCCACCGAAGCUUAUAAACGGUUCGAAGCUGGACGCGCACGGAAUAAAUAUCCCCGUCUGGACGUCAUGGCUCGUCUGAUUAUUGCCCUCGGCCGACAGCGUGAAUUCGAAAAGGUGAGAAACCUGUACGACAGCGCACAACUUGUUCUGCAGACGAUGGAAGGCGAGAAGGAGCGACAGUCGUACGCCUGGUUCCUCGUGGAGGAUGGCAUGAUCCUUGCACUUGCUCACGGUGGCGAGGCGAAUGCUGCCCACGUCCAUAGGCUUCGCAUCAUCGACCACGGGGGCGCGCCUUCUGCCGAUGCGUACGGUGCAUUGAUUCACGCUGUCAAGGACACGACGGAUGACGCAAGCAACGCCAUCGCGCUUUUCCGCGAGGCCCGCCAACUCAACGUCGUUCCUAACACCUUUAUGUACAACACCACGAUCUCCAAACUUGCCAGGGCGCGCAAAGCUGAUGACGCACUCGCUCUCUUCAAAGAGAUGAAGACUAUGAAUGGCAUGGGGCCUUCGUCGGUGACCUACGGUGCGGUCAUCGCAGCGUGUUGCCGGGUGGGCGACGUCGCGUCCGCGGAGAAUUUGUUCGCGGAGAUGGCUUCUUGUUCCAGCUUCAAGCCCCGCGUCCCUCCCUACAAUACGAUGAUGCAGGUGUACACCACUAUACGGCCGGAUCGUGCUCGCGCCCUUCAUUACUUCGACGCUCUCACUGCCGCGCGAAUUCAGCCUACUGCGCAUACGUACAAGCUAUUGUUGGACGCAUACGGGACGAUUGAACCCGUUGACGCGGCUGCCAUGGGACGAAUCUUCGACAAGAUCACAACUGGUCGCAAACCAAUCGUGCAGGGCACGCAUUGGGCCUCUUUGAUUCACUCGGUUGGAUACGUGCAGGGGGAUGUGGAUGGGGCCCUGGCUCUGUUUGACACUAUCGCCUCUCAUCCCUCUACACGAAUGUCGGGUGCUCAACUGCCUGAUGCCGUGGUUUUCGAGUCCUUGAUUGCCGUUCUGGCUACCCACCGCCGAGUGGACCUCAUACCGAUCUACGUGUCGAAGAUGAAGGACCUCGGGAUUCAUAUGACAGCGUACAUCGCCAACUUCCUCAUCAAAGCCUACGCGUCCGCUGGUGACAUCGAGCGCUCGCGAGAGAUUUUCGAAGGCUUGGCUGAUCCUCCCGAAGGCGUCGCCGCUCCCCAUAAUCAUGCACCUCAUGAUGCACAAGCCAGCGAAAGUGCACAAGUACCAGUUGAUGCGCUUGUAUAUCGCGAGCCGUCGACUUGGGAAGCUAUGGUGCGGGCGGAACUAGCCCAUCGCCAUCGGGAGAGGGCAGUCGCGCUGCUUGACCGAGCACAAGCAAGGAAAUUCCCUCCCGCUGUGUGGAAUCGCAUCAACGGGAUUCUCCUUGACGAUUCGGUCUCCCCUUGGGCUGGUUCCGAGUGA